GACUGCGAAUAAACACGCAGUAAAUAGUUCCACGUGCUACUCCGAGUUGCGCGCUCAUAAACGUUACGGUAGUGUUUAUUUUGUUUUCUAUAAAAAUGAGUGAGAAAAUAUAUAAAAAAGGGACGAGAGGGUCCUCUACUCGUGCUAGUCGGAGCAGAAUCGCCAAUAGGAAGCCGCCCAACCGUCACAGCUUCGAAGGCGACACUGAAGAUGUUUGUAGGCUAGCAAAAAAAAUGAAAUUUUCGACAGCAGAAAAUGAUACUGAAGUGGAUGCUGCAUUUGGCUAUCGAAUCAUCAAUUUUCUUGCUGUUUUUAGCACGUUGUCGCAAAUUCUAGCAUGUAAAAAAUGCGGAGGUAGUGUGACUUUUUUGGAGUCGUGUAAACGUGGCCUUGGAUUCAAGCUUGUUAUUGUGUGUGAAAAGUGCGGGAAUACAACUAUUGACAGUAGCCCCUUAAUUAAUGGUCAUGCUUACGAUGUAAAUAGACGGCUCACUUUGGCUAUGAGACUUAUUGGUAUCGGAAUUCGAGGAAUAAGUAAAUUUUACGCCUUUAUGUGCCUCCCAAAACCGGUCUUUCAAAAGUCGUAUGAUGAAAUCGUGCAAAGUAUAGCUGUAGCAACGGACGCUGUAAAAUCAAAAGUCUUACGGAAAGCUGCCGAGGAGGAAAAGAAAAUUUCUGUUGAAAAAAGUCAGCUUGAGGGACUAACAGUGUCGGGAGACGGCUCGUGGAGAAAGCGCGGCUUCUCUUCUCUCUAUGGCUUCGCAAGUUUGAUUGGUUGGUUUUCAGGAAAAGUUAUAGAUAUUUGUGUGAAAUCAAAGUACUGCAAAGAGUGUGAAUAUUGGCAGAAAAAGGAGGGCACCGCCGAGUAUGAUGAAUGGUACGAGUUACACGAACCAAACUGUAAUGCAAAUCAUAGCGGAAGUGCAGGGAAAAUGGAGCCUGACGCAGUCGUGCAAAUGUUUUCGCGUUCCGAGUCCACGUAUAACGUUCGAUACGCCUAUUACAUCGAAGAUGGUGACAGCAAAACAUUCAAAAGUAUUCAAGAUACCAAGCCGUAUGGUAAUUUUGCUGUUACCAAGAAAGAAUGUAUUGGACAUGUACAAAAAAGGCUUGGAACGAGACUGCGUAAUUUAAAAAAAGAAGUUAAAAAUCUUGGAGGUCGAGGCAAGUUGACUGGUAAAUUGAUCGAUGAAUUAAGUGUGUAUUAUGGUCUCGCUAUACGUCGAAAUACAGAUUCAGUGGAGAACAUGCGCAACGAGAUCUAUGCUACGUUAUACCAUAAAAUAUCUUCAGAUGAAAAGCCUCAACACGACAAGUGUCCAGUAGGAGAAGAUUUUUGGUGUUCUUGGCAAAGAGCGAAAGCCUCGCAUACUCUCGCUGUAUAUACUCAUAAACCGGCCAUGCCAAUGCAAGUUUUCGAUGCCGUUCAGAAAAUUUAUGAAGAUUUGACAAGAGACGAUCUUCUUUCCCGUUGCUUAGGAGGUUUCACUCAAAAUGCUAAUGAAAGCCUCAAUGCCCUCGUUUGGACUAUUGCGCCAAAAGUAAUUUCCAGCGAUAAAGCAGUAGUUGAUAUCGCCACUGAUAUUGCUGUCAUAACAUACAACGAUGGUUUUCGAGGACUUUUAGAUGUCAUGAGCACACUUCAGCUGAGGAUCAGUUCUGAAUUAUACAAUUUUAUCAUGGAAACUGAUGAACGUCGAGUAAAAACCGCAAACCGCUCAGCAUCAAAACAUCGAAAAAGCGCUCGGAAGGACCUUACAUCGCUCAGAAAAGAAGCAGAAGAGCAAAAUGAAUGCUUGGAAGGACAGUUAUAUGGUGCUGGGAUAGCAGAGUAAAGGUGCUGUUCGGAGAAUGUUAUGAUGUACGCAGAUUCGCUCCUCGGAAAAAACACAUGUUCCGUUUACCA